AUGAGGCUUCAUCUUUUUCUUCAAACAUUGGGGACACAUUUAGAAAGUAUCUCUCUCUGUCUGCCUGUCUCAGAUCUCGGGGGCUUUGCCUCCAGCUUCUUCAGUGGUUUCUCAGGAAACAAUCACCAGGAGCAGCAGCAGCAGCACAGUCAUCACAGCUCGCACCCGUCUCACAGUGGGGAUUUAGGAGGCCUGCUGGUGGUCGGCGUGCUUCUGCUCGUAGCCUAUUGCGUCUAUAAGCUGUUCCUCAGUGGAAACAUGGCCCAGUGGGGGCAGGACAGAGGACAGACUGGUUACCCCGGAGGCAAUCACCAUGGCUCCACCGCAGGACCUCCACCCCCAGGAUUCAAGCCCGACUUCACAGGACAUGCUGGGGCAAACCCAGGCUACGGUUUCCAUAGUGACUACACUCAUGGCCAACAGUUCCCAGGCUCCUCCCACUGUCCAAAAUCCUGCAGACAGUGAUUGGUCCAUAAGAAAGAGUUGUUUGGAGAUUUUACACCCUGAGGCCACACGUCCUGAUCUCCACGAACACAAAGUAGAUCAGACUCAUACAGAGAACACAUGGAAACAUUGUGUUGGUGCUAAAGCCUGUUUUAUUAUUUGUUGCAAGCUAUAGGGACCUGUGCUGUCCCCCUUCCUGUUCACCAUAUACACCUCGGCCACCUGCAAGUUCUCCACUGACUUUGUGAAGUGGGCCAGUGAGAACCACCUGAUUCUGAAUGUGACCAAGACCAAGGAAAUUGUGGUGGACUUCAGGAGGAACAGGACAGCUCCACAACCGCCGAGGGUGCUGGGGGAGGACACAGAGAUGGUGUGACGCUGAACAACACACUGGACUGCAAGGCUAACGCCAGCGCUGCGUACAGGGAGCAGGCUGCGAUCCUUUGUGAUGCGAUCCGUUGAUGUAUGCAGCGACAUGUUGGAGUUCUUUUACUGUCUGUUGUGGCCAGUGCUCUGUUCUUUGCUGUGGUGUGCUGGGGGAGCAGUAUUGGAGCCGGUGAAACAAACAAACUCAACAAACUGAUCCAUCAUUGGCUGCAAACAGGUCACCGUGGAUACUGAACAAAGUGGAUAACCCUGAACAUCCUCCAGGCUCAGGAGAGCACAUUCUCCGCUGUCACAGGACAGAUUCAGGACGUCGUUCCUGCCAUCAGCCGUCAGGACUUACAAGAACUCUCUGUAAUAACUGCACAAUGUCUCUUCAUGAGAUCAAUAUUAAUCAGACUACAUUAGUCUCUCCUUUAUGCCAUUCUUUUAUUAUUGCACUAUUUUCUUGUA